GAAGAAGAGUUUUUACAUGCAUCAGAGUUUGGUGAUAUCCCUGGCGUUAAAAGAUUACUUUUAGAAUAUCCAGAUUUGAAUACUGAUUGUAUUGAUGCACUUGGAAGAACAGCUUUACGUUUGGCAGUUAAAAAUGAACAUUUAGAGGUUUUGGAAUUGUUACUGGACAGAUCGAGUCAACACCACAUCUAUGAAGCUGUGUUACAAGCUAUCAGCGCUGGUCAUGUCCAAAUCGCAGAAACCAUCCUCAAGCACCGUCGCUAUCUGGAUAUGUGGCGCGAAAGAAGAAAAUUGGGCGAUACAGACGGCUUCUUUAAAACCGCCGUGACAGCAGAGUCGCAAUUUUCUCCAGAUAUCACUCCGCUGAUCCUGGCUGCUCAGAAAAACCAAUACGAAAUAGUUCAGCUUUUGUUACUACGUGGGGAAACGAUACAGAAACCCCACAGAUUUAGUUGCCCAUGUCAAGAAUGUCGAAACAAGAUGAAAUUUGACCAACUUCGCUUAGCCAAAUACAGAUUAAAUGCCUACAGGGGACUCGCAAGUGAAGCAUAUUUAUCUCUUUCUAGUAAAGAUCCUAUUCUGUCAGCAUUUGAACUUGCGCAAGAUCUUCGAAAUUUGGCGAAUAUUGCAAAACAUUUCAAGAAAGAAUACAGGGAACUAGCAGAACAACUAAGUGAAUAUGUGGUAAAGUUACUGGACAGAAUUCGAACCCAGGAAGAACUGGAAAUGGUUUUGAAUAAAACAGGAAGAAGUACAAUCGAAAAAUACGAGAAAUUAGCCCGAUUUAAACUAGCCUUAUUGUACCACGAGAAGGGGUUUGUGUCACAUCCAAGUUGUCAACAGAGACUGGUUACACUAUGGUAUCAUGGAAUGGGUAAAUGGGAUAGAAUGAACUGGCCUUUGAGAAUUCUGUUAGCAGUCUGUUUGUUUUUAUUGUAUCCGUUCUUAUUGCUUAUAUAUCUCAUUUCUCCAAGCUCUAAGUUUGUGAAGAUUUUGCGAUAUCCGUUUGUCAAAUUUGUUGGUCACACAGUGUCUUUCUUUGCAUUUUUGGUAUUAAUAAUAGCCUCUGCCAUCGAAUCCUCCUAUGGCGUUACGAAAACCAGGACUUUGAAUAUUACCUAUCCGAAUGAAUAUACGAAAUAUAGCGAGUUGGUCAACGAAACUGGCACACCUAUAUUUGGUGAAGACUUUCCACUCCGUGAAAAUUUCCCAACAGUUACCACAAUCUUAAUGACAUUUUGGGUCAUAGGUUUUAUGUUUCAAGAAUGCAGUGAAGUCUUUCAAAAUGGUAUUUUGGAUUAUAUAACUUCCUAUUAUAAUAUAAUGGACUUCUUUCUCAUAUCUGGAUAUACAGCAUCCUUCACCCUGAGAGUUUUAUACUAUGUAUACUUAAAAGGAAUUUCUGAAUUGUUGUUCUGUGAUUUUCUCUUAAGCAUUACUAUUACCGAUAUAAAAUAUGACGCCAUUAAUCGUUUUUAUUGGGAUCCGUUUGAUCCGGUGAAUCUAUCGGAAGGUUUAUUUGCCAUGGCGAAUAUAUUAAGCUUUGCACGAAUAAGUUACCUAUUACCAUCCAAUGAAAGUUUGGGUCCUUUGCAGAUUUCAUUGGGCCGUAUGCUAUCGGAUAUAGUAAAGUUCUUAACCUUGUUUUCGUUCGUUAUGGUGGCGUUUAUGGUUGGUCUGCAUAACCUUUUCUGGUAUUACAUUCCAGCACAGACAAACUUUGGAGAUGUUAUGGCAACGUUUCGGACAGUGUUUUGGUCAUUAUUUGGUCGAGGUGAACCAGGAGCAGUACGACUUGGUGAAUAUGAUAAUCAUGUGACGGAGGAUAUUGGUUAUAUUAUUUAUGGUGCUUAUAAUGCAGUAUCUGUAACAGUCUUAUUGAACAUGUUGAUUGCUAUGAUGACCAGAUCGUUUCAAACUAUUGCAGAAGAUUCCGAUGCUGAAUGGAAGUUUUCCAGAAGUAUUCUUUACAUGGAAUACAUCAGUGACUCGGCUGUUCUUCCUGUUCCUUUAAAUAUUAUUGCUGCACCUAAGGAGGCGUUAUCAGCUUUAUUAUGUUCUUGUUGUAACAAUUCAGAUGAUGAUCACCCUGAAAAAACAGAAAACAAUGGCAUUACAACUGAAGCUGUCGGGGUAGGUCAUGUAUAUUACCUCUAA